CCCAAUCCCAAGCCCAUCCCUCGCCGAAAGCCCUUAUUUUUCCCCACAGAAAGAACCCGCUUCUGUCUCUCUCUGUGUGUGAAAUCAGUUCUGUAGUGUUCACACGACGCAGAAGUGGCAAUGGGAAAAAUGGAGGAGCAACCGAAGCUAUUGAUUUUGUACGCGUCUCAAACCGGAAACGCAAUGGACGCAGCCGAGCGGUUGGGUCGUGAAGCUGAGCGGAGAGGCUGCUCUGUCACCGUCCUUUCCGUUGAUCAGUUUGACGCCGGCUUGUUGCCUCCGUUGAAAAUUGUGAUUUUUGUUGUUUCCACCACCGGUCAGGGAGACUCACCUGAUUCCAUGAAGGUGUUUUGGAGGUUUCUCUUGCAAAGAAAUCUAAGUCAGCAAUGGUUGAAACAAGUUCAAUAUGCGGUGUUUGGAUUGGGUGAUUCGGGAUACCAGAAAUAUAAUGUAAUAAUUUCUAGAGCUCUAUUUACGUUGGGAAAUUACGGAGCAUAUGCUAUCAACAUUAUUCCAAUUCAUUAA